AUGUUGUACGAGGAUCCCCAGGAUUACCAACAUCCCGCGCAAACGCGCAACCGCUUCCCAACGCUCUUCGAAGUGCUGAGCCGUAAGACGACAGCACCGCUGGAUCUCUUCUCCUUCUACAUCUACAUGCGAGACCAGCAACGGUCUGUCGACUACUUGGACUUCUGGCUCGAUGUAUCGCAACACCUGCAGCUAUGCCGGCUCUAUGUGCGACGGCUGCACAGGAGUAUGAUUGAGGAGACGCCAGAUCUUGAGGUUAAAAGCAAGCGUUCGUCCUACAUAUUGGACAACGCUGGAGAAGGCCCCUCUAACGAGAAAGCCGACAACAUGUCUGACCAGCGCUUGUCCGCCUUUCUUCGUUCCGACCGACCAAGCCGCAACCACUCGCCACAGAACAGUCAGGGCAGCAACCAGAGCCGAGAGUUCCCGCGUCCAAGCCUGAACUUGCUAGAUACCCCAGGUGAUUCGAGCUCGCCCGGCCAGAACUCGUCCCUUGACAACUCACAACCACGGAGGGAGGAUUUGCGUGCAUCGGCGGAGAAGAUUCUGUACACGUACUUGCUUCCUGGGUCAGAGAGAGAAAUCAUCAUCCCUCAGAGCAUCCUCGCCGAGGUUCAAGAGGCCAUUGAGGGAACGGAGCAACGUGCAGAUCCUGAACUCUUCGACAAUGCCAAAGACUACGUCUUUCAAGCUAUGGAGCGCGACGCAUAUCCAGGCUUCUUACAGAAUAAGGGUCUUGGCAACCUCGUUCCCCAGAGCAUGAUGCUACGUCUCAUCGUAGGGUUGAUCAGCUUCUUCGCCGCUGUGUGGACUUCCUUCAUUCUCAUCUUCUUGGACAAGUCAAGAGCAACGCGUUGCUGGAUCAUCCUUCCAUUUACGAUCGCUAUCUAUCUCAUCUUCACACACCAGUACAUGCUCGACCCCAUCAUCGCCCUUGCCGGAUACAGCGAGUACACUUUCUUUGACUUCAACAAGAUUAGGGAACCUUUUGUGAAGAAGACGCUUAACAGGCGCUCGCUCACUGUCCUGGUUAUGUUCUUGGCCGUCACGGUAGCUAUCUGCUGCCUCUUCAUAUUCGUACCUGGUAAGCGCCUGUGA